ACGUGCAGGCAUUACAAUCACGGAGCAAGAAUUUAGUGGAGCCCUUAAAGUUUCUGGGACUGUACUGUUAUGGGAAGAAGAAAACUUUCGAGUAAGGGAUCUACUCAAGAAAACCCACCGAAAAAGGGUCCUGGGAGGAAGGCAAAGAAGCAACCAGCGCCAAAGUUACCGAAACAGUUAGAUGGGAGCAAUGUUCAGAAUUCGAGGAAAAGAAAGUUGAAACAUCAGAGUGGAAGUGUGUCAGGGAAAAGCAAGUCUGAGGUGAAGAGCUCUAAGAAGGCAAGAAUGAAACGAUCUUUACCUGAUGCUGAAGAGACACAGGAAGCUGAAGAAUCAAGUGGUGAAGAAUUUGUUAAGUUAAAUAUCAAGUCAAAUCCUUUUAGUGAUAGCAAUGCCAACUGGCUAAAACUUGCUAAGAAGGAUGGGGAAGGUAGUGAUGACCAGGAUGAUUUCAUGCAAGAUGAUGAUUUUAUAAGUGAUGAUUACAGCACUAGUAAGCAAAAUGACAGUAAUACUGAUGAUGAUGAAAAUGUUAAUGAAGAGGAUGAUGAUGAUGAUGAUGGUGAUGACAAGGAUGAUGAUGAUGAAGAUGAAGAUGAUGAGGAGAUGUUACCCAUAGAGAGGAAAGCUAAAAAGCUCGAUGAGAAAAAAGCCAAAGACAAGGCCUUAGCUGAAGAAGAGCUUAUGACUAACAUCACUGAAACUGAAGUGUUUGUGCUGCCAAGUGGACAGGAAAUAGAGAAAGAAGCAAAUGAACAUACAGAUUUAGCUUUGAUCAAUCAAAGAAUCAGGGAUAACAUACAAGCACUCAACAACUUUAAUACAACACGUGAACCUGGCAGGUCACGACAGGAAUAUGUGGAACUACUUCUUAGUGACCUUUGUAAAUACUAUAGUUAUGGAAAAUUUCUGAUGGAGAAAUUUAUGGACCUUUUCCCCAUAAAUGAGUUGGUAGAAUUCCUUGAGGCAAAUGAAGUUCAGAGGCCCAUCACUAUUAGAACAAAUACAUUGAAGUCGAGAAGAAGAGAUCUUGCACAGGCCCUUAUAAACCGUGGGGUAAAUUUAGACCCAAUUGGCAAAUGGUCUAAGGUUGGACUUGUUGUCUAUGACUCUUCUGUACCAAUUGGAGCCACCCCAGAAUAUCUAGCAGGACACUACAUGUUGCAAGGGGCAUCAUCAAUGCUCCCAGUUAUGGCCUUGGCUCCUCAGGAGAAAGAACGGAUAUUAGACAUGUGUGCAGCUCCUGGUGGCAAAACUACAUACAUAGCAUCACUCCUAAAGAACACUGGACUGGUGGUUGCAAAUGAUGCUAAAAAGGAAAGAACAAAAGCUUUAGUUGCUAAUAUUCAUAGAUUAGGAAUAAGUAACACCUUGGUUUGUCAUUAUGAUGGUCGAGCAUUUCCAAAGGUAAUGGCAGGUUUUGACCGUGUUCUUCUUGAUGCCCCAUGCAGUGGAACAGGAGUCAUAUCAAAGGAUCAGUCUGUUAAAAUCAAUAAGACUGAGAAAGAUAUUCAUCGGUGUUCUCAUAUUCAGAAAGAACUCAUUCUGUCUGCUAUUGAUGCUACAGAUGCUAAGUCAUCAAGUGGUGGAUAUAUUGUUUACUCCACCUGUUCUGUUUUGGUAGAAGAAAAUGAGGCUGUGAUUGAUUAUGCUCUCAGCAAAAGACACGUAAAACUGGUAUCCACUGGGUUGGACUUUGGCCAAGAAGGAUUUUCAAAGUUCAGGGGAAAACAUUUCCAUCCUUCCUUAAAAUUGAGCAAGAGAUUUUUCCCUCACACUCACAACAUGGAUGGAUUUUAUGUUGCCAAGUUGAAAAAAUAUUCCAACAAAAUUUCUCCUCAAGGAGAAAUUUCCAGCAAAGUAGGGAAUAAGAAAGAUUAACCAAAAAAGGAAUCGCCUCACCAAGAAAAUCAAGAAAUUGAUCUGGGAACUAUACAAACUGCCACAGGAAACUCAGAGGAUAACUAGAAGUUUCAAGAUCAAGAAUGCUGCCCAGAACACUCGAUACACAAAUGUCACAACCAAUAAAAAACACUGAUUACAUGUGGCUUUCAACUUAAAUAGGGAGGCACCAUAAAGGGAAAAAACAGUCUUCAAUAGACUUGCUUCCUCAUCCUCAUAGCACCUUGUGCAGUGUUCACAGCCAGGACAAAUACCUGCUUGUGGUCAAGUUGCAGUUUUUUCAGACCCUUGUUUGAUACAGCAUUCUUACAAAGACUUGCAAACUUAACAGUAACAUAUAGGCCAACAAUCUAUUAUCUUUUUCAAAUUUUAUUUAUAGUUAUUAUAAAAAAAUAUACUUAGUACAAUACAAGUUAGUAGCAUACAACCUACACUGAAUGUCACAUGCUGCUCUACAAAAUACAUUAAUUGUCUCUACAAUAAGCAUCACUUCCUCCAUUAAUAGGUUUAGGCAAUUUGGCUAGAAACUUCUAGUUCAUUCUUUAGGUAACUUAGAGCAUAUAAAGGAUAUGUGAAGCCUUUAAAGCAUGUGGUUGAUGUCAAUUGCAGACAAGAACUAAUUGGAACCUGUGCUUAUUAUUCAAGUGUAACUUGUUGAUGAAAGCAGGUAUUUAUUGUGAUAUUGCUUGCAAAUCCCUGACACCAUAUACAAGGUUAUAAGUCCACCUUUACUUAGAUUUUAAGAUUCAUUAAAUAAAACGUUAUUUGAAUACCUCUCAAA